AUGGCUUGGGAGGAGGAUGAGGAGUGGCGAAAGGUUCCACCGCACUCCAGGGGCCGACACGUGCAGGGCAUUAUCAUGCUUGCAGCUUGUUUGGUGCUUUGGGUCUCUUCCAGUGCAGCCGUGCAACUUCUGGCUACGAACUCCGUGCAACAAUUCCAACAGCCUUUGUUUGUGACUCUCUUUAAUUCAACCAUGGGCAUCCUCCUUUUGGCACCCUAUUUGCUACCGAAGACGGACCUUCGCUCUGGCUUGGUGGCGACUGGUUGGAUGUCCGCCACUGUGGGCAUCCUGUGGCUUUGCUCACAAUGCCUCUACAAUGUCAGCCUCUUGCAUACCUCAGUCGCUACAAAUACAGUUCUGUCUUCAACCUCUUCCAUUUUCACGUUUGUGCUUUCUUUGCUCACUGGAAACCAUUUCAGGCCCCGCUCGUGCGUUGGAGUGCUUCUUUGCUUCCUGGGCUCUUGCUUGGUGGCUUUUCAGACCCCUACGGAUGCCUCAACCUGGGCGGUUCACAGCACCUACACCGGCGAAGCUUUGGCCUUGUUGGCGGCGGCACUCUUCUCCUUGUGCUCUGUCCUGCUGGAGCAUCAGAGCGGACGCGACUUUGACCCUGGACUCUUCCUAGGCCUGAAUAGAUCGAGGGAGAGGAUCUGGGAAGGUUUGAAGGGGGAGGAUGUACAGAUGUGA